AUGAAGUCGGAUUUAGGGCUGACGUGCCAGAAUCAGCGCUCGCAACCAUCGCAACCGGUGAAUGAUCAUUCUGGACAUUGCACAGAAUGUAGCAUCAUUGCUGCCCAUCACAAUUCUGUGAACAAUCCCGGCGACGUCACAGAGAACAAACUAUCGAUCAGAAGACAGAAGCGCCCAGCUGCAGAUGAGGCAUCCUCUUCAGCCCUGAAGCGCGUCAAGUUUAGGAUCCGGCAGAGCGUCAUCUUGGGCCUCCCUUGCAAGGUCUUUGUCAUGGUCAUCGACUACCUCGAUCCGUCCAAUUGCAUGAGUCUAGCCAAUACAUGUUGUCAGAUCCACUAG